CUCGCCUCUCAACUUCUACUACACUCUCUUACCCACUACCCACCACUGCAGCCAUGCCAGGAGAUCAUACUCCACACGUAAAGCACUCGAUGCGCAAGAGCCCCUACCUCAUCUCCCUCAUCCUCCUCCUCGCCGCAACAGCCCUCACAGUCCUCAAUAUCAAGGUCCCCUCGCUCGUACGCGUCAAGAUCCGCUCGCCAGGUCCGACUGUCUUCGAGACGAAGUAUGGCCUAUUCGAGCGCUGUGCGCGCCAGGUCGACGUGCCCGCGCUGCUCCGCCGCGCCACUCCGCUCCUCACACCCAUCGCUGAGCCGUACGAUACCGGCCUGAAGGGUGGCAAGAAGCACCGCUGGCAAUGCGAGCGCUUCCCAACACGGUCCGAAUGCGCUCAGUUUGGGGAAGGGUUCUGCGUCGCGUGGUCAACCGCCGGAUACACGGUGCUGCUGGCCCUGGUGCCGUGCUUCUUUGCGUUGAUCUCGCUCCUGUUCAUCUUUCUCCAUCGAGGGAAGCGCCUUGCGCGUGCCCGCGCCCGGCGACAGCAGUGGAAGCUCGUCUCGGGCGCGAUGCUGGUCCACGCCCUGCUCCAGGUUGCAUCGGUCGCACUCAUCCUGCGCGAGUUCUGGACCGAUGAGCGGUUUGCGCGGGGCGCCAGGCUCGGUGCAUCAUUCACGUUUGGUGUCGCGGCUGCGAUCGUGUCGCUGUCCACCUUUGGCUUCCUGACCUUCACUGGCAUCGCUGCCCGUCGUGGCGAGCCAUGGGCUGCAGGGCGCAGUGCGCGCCAGGCGAGGCGGCACAAGAGAACACGCUCUGGCCGCGUCGUGUCGGUGCCCGAGGGCACGCAUAUCCCACCCGAGGCACGCGUCACUGUCGGCGAGGUGGUCUCUGCUGCCGAGCACGACGAGGUGGAUGAGCACUCGGCGCUGUUGGCUGGACACGAGGGCUCGGUCGCUGGUGGCGGGUCGAGACGGGCCACUGACCAGGUCUAGGUGGUUUAAGGCUUCUGUAGCAUAGAGUUGACGUAUAUAGAUUGUCGAGUGCGCAUGCGAGUGGUUUGGCCUG